GUGCUACUCUUCAGUCGGAGUACAUUAUUGGAAGACUGGGUCCCAGGAUAUUUCCCUAGGAAACGGCUGUAACCAUCAGGGUGUCAUCAUGCAUGAAAUGAUGCACGCCGCUGGUUUCUGGCACGAGCAGUCACGCUAUGAUCGUGACCAGUACGUCGAAAUAAUGUGGGAGAAUAUUCAGCCUGGUAACGAGAAAAACACUUGAUAAGAUCGACUGAAACCAGAUUUGUGAGCAAAUAUAAACUGAUAAGAUCGACCUAAGGAAGGUUUUGUGAGCCUGCGAGACUGAGCAACCCCCACAAACCCUUGUUUUCAAUAAAACCGCUAGACACAAAACCCCCCCUGGGUCGAUGUUAUAUUGUCACAACCAGAUUAGUCAACUUGCGAGAAAAAGCACCCCGACCAAAACCUUGUUUUCAGUGCAACGGCGGUUGGUUACUAAAUCGGGGUGCUGUCCUCACGUUGUUCCCGGGAACCAGUGCCUGGGUACCCACGCACAAAAUGGUGUUGUGUUCACACCUUGAGUACCCGAUAUGUGACAGUCUACAUAAGUACUCCAUUUCAUCCUAUCAGACGCCAUUUUGAAACAUGGCCAUAGUAGGAGUGCAAAGCAGUGAAGUACAUACCCCAGAACUAACAUUAAACGGUGUGCACACAGGGACCCGGUGCCCACUAUUAGGGAACGGCGACGGCGACGGCUACGAAAACGUCACUUAAAAAGUGAAUUCGCGCUGCCUCAAACUUUAUCGCGCUUAUUCCAUCUGGUUUCAUUCGUCAAAUGUUGGCAAUUUUUUUUUUGAGUUGAAUUCUAAAGUCCUGACUUUAUCAAAGUUCAAGAAAAGAAAAAGAAAGUUGUUGUCUUGUGUUCCCGUUCUCGACAAAACGUGAAAUGAGGCACUUUCACGUUGUAGUCGUGCAACGACGGCUAAGAAAUGUACAAAAAAGCACCAUGCAGAUGCUUAGUUGUUGUUUUGCUAAUAUAAACCUAUUGCUUUUUCGCCGUCCUCGUUGCUUAAGCUCCCCAUUGUGUCCGAGUACAAACCGGCCGCACCGUGCCCGAAUUCUAGAGUGGGUACUCGAAAAAAGGGUGUGUUCACGUUAGUGCUCAGCGAGUACCGUACUCGGGCACCGUGCCUGGGUACCAAGUGUAAACGCAGCUUAAACCUUUAUAAGUGUGAUCAGCAUCAAAUUUCUCCUUGUAAAAUCAAUGCUUUGUACAACAAAGUGGUCAUAAGAAUUAAGGACAUGAUCACACAAGAUAUUUACCUGAUAUUUUAUCAACUUCUCCCCGCUACUUCUGUAGUGAAUGAAUAGAGGCGACAAAUGAGAAUUUUAAUUUUGAUCUUAGGGUUUAAAGGAUUAAGGCACUUGCCCUCUUUUAACUCGAUAUCCCAGACGUCGAGUUGACAGAGAUAGGGGGUCAAAUAAGGAUACUAUUCCGAUUAAAAGACUUUUUUCCAGUUGACACCAACUUUAUGUCGUGAUAGGACACAGAUGAUAGAUGUUUGUUGUCAUGGGAAGGUAGUAUUCAGAUCCAUCGAAACUCUCUAACCUCAACAAAUUGUCUUUCAGGUAAAGAACACAAUUUCGACAAGUACAAUCUCCAAGAAAUUGACUACUUAAGUGAAGUUUAUGAUACAGGCAGCAUAAUGCAUUAUGGGAAAACCAGCUUUUCAACGAAUAAUCAACCAACGAUUCAAGCUCUCGGCAACCCUGACCAACAGCUUGGUCAGCGGAACGGUUUCAGCAAAACAGACAUUGCGCAGCUUAAUGCGUUGUACGACUGUUCAGGUAAUAUCAAUUGAGUUUCACUCCAAGUCAUAUGAAACUUCAGUCUGACAGCUUUUAACACGGUAGUGUUUAUUUUAGUACGUGGUAACAACCUUUGAGUCUGUGGAGUCCUAUGUUGUUGUUACCAUUCAAGUGAAAUUACGAUGGAAUCCAUCAGGAAAUUGAAUAGUUUUAAUUUUCAGUGGACAAAAAUUUUGUACCAGAAUAAUUGAAAGAAUAUUGCAUUCGUUUUUACAUUUUUCAAUCUGCAGUAACACCAAAGAAAAUUUCUUAUGCAAGUCCGAGAAAAUAAAUGUCAAAUUUCACAAGAAUUGUGAUUAUACAGGUAAAAAUCUAAAAUUUUGUGUAAGACGUAAUUUUGUGAAGUUUGACAUUCAUUUUCUGGGUUUCCCAUAAGAAAUUUUUUUUGGUGUACUACAGAUGAUUUAUUACAUCUUUAGCCCUUAAAAAAUCUAAGAAACAAUGCAAUGUUCUUUCUAUUAUUCUGGUUCAAGAUUUUUGUCCACUGAAAAUCAAAAUUACUCGCAAUGUCCUGGUGGAUUCCGUCUUAAACCUCUUUGGCAGUACUUUUCCGAAAUCCUUACUGUUUAUUUAGAAUGUGGUUCUAACUUUUGAGUUUAUGGAUGAAAUCCUAUGGAGUAACCUGUCAAAAGAAACUGCACUGGGAGUUUUCUGGCUGUAGUGUUUCAGAUCAAGAGAACAACAGGCAAAUUAAACUUUAAGACUUAUGUAGAAAAAUUCAGAAUGUCUGAUGCUAUCAGUCAUUGAGCAUAGUUUUGUAAGAUAAUCGUCACGUGAGUUGCUCUCAUUCUCAGGUCCCAGCGGUGGUUGGAGCGGUUGGACAGAGUUCGGUCCGUGCGAUAGUCAAUGCUAUCAUAGUCGUCAACGCUUUUGCGCGUCACAUGACCUUGCCAACUGCCCCGGGGCCGACUAUUAUGGUGUUGAAACUAAGACUGAAAAGUGCCCGGAUGAAAAGUGCUAUGGUAACUAAAUACGCUUAGUUCUUCUCAUUGAAUAAAAAUCAAGCUAAAAAUUCAUAAAACAAAACUCAAAAAAAAUUAAUUAAAGCCAAAAACACACAAACACAAUUCAAUAGAGGAAUAUCGAAUAUCGAGCGUGUUAUGCUGUUCUGGUAUUCUGGUAUUUUGAUGUUGUUAUUGCAAUUAAAAAAACUUCAGUGUUUCAUUUUAUCGGUUUGGGACAGGUUCGGACUGAGCGAAAUCAAGCAGUACACUUUCAGAGUGCUGGAAAGUGAUAAUAAGUUUCAUUGUUUGAUGGUUUGACUGAUCACAAGGGCACUCUAAUCUAUUGCAGAUUCUAUGAAAAUUUGGUCGCGCUUUGCAAGCCGUUAUUAUCUUGUUUUACGUAUACGUGCAUGUGAUAAGGGCGAAUUUACAAAACAAAGGUUUUUAUCCUGGUGGAUCUAGUAAGCAUAACCCUUUUUACCAUUCUCAAUCAUCAUCAUCAUCAUCAUCAUCAUCAUCAUCAUCAUUAGAGUUAUAAUUAUCAAUGAUGUUAUCAUCAGUGCGCAUGCGUGGGGUACUGGUGAGGCACUGUAUGUGUGCCCCUUGCUUUAAGUUUGUCUUAUCUUCGUCCUUGCCCUUAGUUAGCCGUUCUCACGCAAGCUACUAACAGUCAAAAGUAAAAGCCAAUCAUCAGUCGCCAGCUAAGCGUAAAAGUAAAUAAUUAAUAGUGAAUGAAUAAUAAAUUUGGUGUUUGAAUGCAUCGUAGCACCAUUAGAUGGACACUGGGGAAGGUGGUCUUCGUGGUCUUCCUGUAGCGUGACAUGUGACACAGGAACAUAUAAAAGGACGAGAAAAUGUGAUGAUCCAGAACCCAAGAAUAAUGGGAAGGACUGUGAAGGCCAAAGUCAGCAAGUCGGUCAAUGUGUCAUGCAGCGAUGCGGAUUGGGUAAGACAUGGGUCUUCUUGUUGUUGUUAUAUAGUACGUUUGCAUUUAGUCUGCAAGAUUACGGUUAUCGAUUUUGUUUAUCGAUAAUAAUCGAUAAAUUAUUUUUUCUGUAAUUUCGUUUUCUACCGAUUUCCCAUAUCAAUCGAUAUUAGUCGGCGGAAUAAGAUGAUUAAUAUCGAUGAUACGCGUGAUUUCCGAUAUCGAUUUUUAUCUAUUAACUACGUCUUGAUGGUUAGGUCGUUCUGACUCGUUCUUGAAGCCGGUUUCAGAAUGAGCCUUUCUUUUGCUGAAAGUUCUUCAAAUGAAUAGCACAUGCAAAAGAACAGAGACUCUUUGCUACGUUAGAACACCAUAAAGCUGCGGCCUAUUCAUAUGUCCUCCCAGUGCAUUUGUGAUUUCAUUCGGCAGGUCCUUUAGAUUGUGAGUUUGAGGCAGGUGGAUUGUGCCACUGGACUAUAUGUAAUCCAAGUACUUACCCUCUCUGGUAUUAUCACAGUGGCCCAACCGGAAGUUCAGGCACAGGACCCAAUGGUGACCAUACUUCCGGCUCAGGUAACUUAACUCAAGUCGUCUCCUAAUAUCGCAUGGAAGAAUGGACUAGAAAGCACUGCGUUAGUCACGCUGUGAAUUGAUUUCCCAUCAGUCAAGUUUAUUUAUUUUAAGCACUUUUGGUUGCUUUCGAGCUAGCGCUUGGCAUUUUUGCUCAUGAAGUCAUCUAUGAUUUGAAAACAGGCUGGAAAGAGGAGAAGGUGUAGAAUAUACUCUAGCUAACCUACAAUCUGCCGUUUACGAAUUUCUCAUAUUUUACCCUUCAACUCUACUUGUAUCUAUAGCAAUGGUUUAACAAUGAGCAUCUAAAGCUUAACAUGCGUGGCAGACGUUCCAAGGGGAAAAUAAAGCUCGCGUGUACGCGAGGGUGCCCUUCACGUUCUCGCGCGCUCGAAUUCCCUAUUCCCCCUUCCUUUUCGAACGCCUGCCAUGCAGGCUACAUACAAAAAGCAACAAUAACAUUUAAAUUUAUCUUAUGGCCAUUAUAUAUUACGUAAAAAUAAAACAUGGUACCACUGUUCUUUUAUCACCACUAUCAGGAAAUUAUAUGUAUUUCGAGGCUUCAUCGCCCGCCCAGCAAGGGCAAACGAAUUGCUUUUACAGUCAGGACCUUCCUGUGGAAUCAUGUCGAAGCCUUACAUUCUGGUACCAUAUGCUUGGGUCAGGAAUCGGUGCACUUAGGGUCAAGUUGCAGUUCAGUGAUGGCACAAUGAGCACUGUUUGGGAAAAGAAAGGUGAACAGGGAAAUCAAUGGAUCCAAGCCAGUGUGGAGAUCAAAGAAGACUCACAGUAUAAGGUAGAGAAAUUGUCAUCGUUAUUUUAUACGUUUCCGGGAAACUGUCCACCUACCCCUCCCUUAAGCCAACAUCAACACUCACUUCUCACUUAAGGCAAAAUGUUGGCUUAAGGGAGGGGUAGGUGGGCAGUUUCCCAGAAACUUAUAUAAUGACUUCCGCCCUUUAAGUCCCAGUAGUGGCCAACACAAAUUUUCCCCUAAAGAUAUCCAUACAUUGUUAAGAGGUAAAGUUAUGAAAAUUAAUAAAAUGAUCAUCAAUGAGAAAAUGCCAUGAUUUUUUAUCAAAUUCUCUCAACUAAUUCUUAAAGUAAACGAAUGGAGAUCAGUUUCGAGAAUUUACAUGUGGAUAUUGGGGCUUAAAGUGUUAGGGCUAUGUUCACACCAUAUACACUUCCUUUCGUGCCUUCACAAAAAGCUAGAGCGAUUUUCGUAUGACCUUGAAAAAUGGUAUCGGUAAGUGCUCGUUAUUUGUUAUCAGCCAGUGGAUGAAAACAUGAAAACAUAGACUCCCUAGUAUGGAGAAGGCAUUGUCCGAUUGGCCAAUCGUGUUGCAGUAUGGCGUCAAAGUGAAGUAUCGAUUGAUUUCGAGAAAGUUAACGGGCGUGAAGUUUUUUCACCCAAGCGUUCGCUUAACCAAUUAAAAGCCAAGCGCGUUUGUAUCCGGUAAAUAAACCAAUCAAAUCGCUCUAUUUCCGUUUGUUUGUUGUUUCUGUUCUGUUCGCGCUUUUUUAUUUAAAGGUCAUACGGGAAUCGCUAUAUCCGGUAUAGUAUGAACCGCAACAACACAGAGCUGAAGCAAGUCGUUCACACACAUUGAUCAUCGUGCCGGAGCAGUUGGCCGAGAGGGUUUGGAAAACUAAAUCCCAGUCCUCAUUUCUGAAUAUUUACUUCCGUCUUAGUAGAUUCCAGUCCAUACCUGUUCACACUGUUCAUUGUUCUUAUGUGUGAACUAUUCGUUAUCACUGUAUGGUUUUGUGCCAGCGCAAGAGCUACCUGCUAUAAUGUCGACAUUGCCUUAUAAUCAUAACGAAAAUGAUGAUACUUAUUUUGACUAUGGUCGUUUUUUAUCCUCAAUACACAUAAUCCGUUCACGUGAAAAAUGCGUCUACCGUUUAAUUGCGUAAACGCACACUGGACGAUCUGUCGGACGCACUAUAGAGCUCUCUGUUUAUCAUGUCAAAUGAAAAACAAAACAGUUAGUUUGUUUUGACAUAUGAUCCCAUCAAAAUUUUUCAGUGACAGCGGUGAUGUUUAUGAUGAUGAGAUACAGAUUUCGUCACUGGUGAUAGCGAUAAUGAUGAUGAUUCUGACGCGGAAUGAUGAUCAUGAUCGCAUGCAGCACCUAGGGUUGUUUCGUAGUUUGUAUUUCUUUUACAAGUUACGUUCAAACGUAAGUUUGAAAUGAAAAAUGAUCCAGAACUCAGAGUAGUGAUAUGGUCAAUGAGAUAGUUUAAGACAGUAAAUUUUUCUUCUUUUUUUUUCAGGUUUAUUUCGAAGGUGAACGUGGUGGAGACUUCAGAGGCGACAUUUCUGUCGAUGACAUAGCAUUUAAGAAGAGUCCUGAGCCUACACAAGCAACCCAACAACCAACAACUACACAGGCGCCUACAACAACAAAACAACCAACAACUACACAAGCUCCCACAACAACAAAACAACCAACAACUACACAAGCUCCCACAACAACAAAACAACCGACAACUACACAAACGCCCACAUCAACAUUACUCCCGACAACAUCAUCUGUAGGUAAAUAAUUUUCUCUGUUGUUCGCGAUUGGUUGAUUUUAGCCAAAUGACCAAGAGCCUAAUCCUCCUUCUUAGGCCCCUAAGGCGCUAUGUGGGUAAAUGGAGGAGGCUUGGGGCCAAGACCAAUUCUCCCGACGAUCUUGAGAGGGCCACCAAAAAUCAGUGGUUCUUAUGUGCGUAUUUCCACAGUGUUUGUUGAGAUAUCAAUAUGUGAGUUCAUUGACGCGCUUUGAGUUAAUGGAGAGUUGUGUGUAAAAGAAGAAUUUUAUAAAAGAUGUUACUAUUUUAGUUCUAGAUUCCUGUGACUUCGAAGGUAGUAGUAUGUGUGACUGGACUAACCGUCCCAGUAACAAUUAUGACUGGCAGCUGAACAAGGGGGCUACUCUUUCUUCUAACACGGGACCCGCCAACGACCAUACUAGCGGUCAAGGUAAAGAAGAGGGCACUAGGUUCUAAUAGCAACAUUUCCAAAUAUUUUACCUUGCUACCACUGACUUCUUUCCGGGAAAGUUUUUAGCAUGAACGAAGUCGUUCGCGUCGCCGACAUUAGUGUAGUUGGGUGUUUUCUCUGUUAGGUAGAUUUAACGGAUUUAGGUUUCUGGGAAACUGCCCACCUACCCCUCCCCUAGGCCAUCAUUUGGCCCUAAGUGAUAAGUAAGUGUUAAUGUUAACUUAGGGGAGGGGUAGGUGGGCAGUUUCUCAGAAACCUAAAUUGAUCCAAUGCAGUUGAACCUCUCCACAACGGCCACCUUUGGGACAGAGGAAAGUGGCCGUUGUAGAGAGGUUUAACAAGAGUCAAUGUGUAGACUCUCUGCCAAAAAAACUGGCCGUAAGUGGAUGACUUAAUAACAACUAAAACCCGUUUUGACCAAUGGUAGAAAAAUUCCAAGGCGUCAGUUUUCUUGUUUUAUUCUCUAGAAUUCAGUCAACCAGCAAGAACAAACAUGGGCAAGGAUGUUUAAAGUGAUUGUUAUUAUAACCGUCUUUUCAUUUUUAUGAAAAUAUUGAGCUUGGUUUCGUUGAAAACGCUGGCAAAGUUGCCCCGAUCGUAACACCAGUUUCAGUUUUUAGAUACACUGUAAUCUGAACAUUUAAAGCAAUUUUUUAGUUCUGAAAUUAACAGCAUAUCGACAGUAAAAUUUCAGGCUUUGAACAAUUAAAGUAACAACCUUAACUUUGAAUAAUUUUCUUAGCGUUUGCAAAAAUUUCUCUCGUUUGACAGCGGUGAAUUGCAAAGAGAGGAUCGGCAAAUUGAGUACUGAGAAGUCACGUUCAAUCCUUUUCGCCCUUUUUCGCGUUCUUAUUUGACGUUGCGUUGUCUUUCACAAAAUGAUAAAUCUACCUAUUCUUUACUUGCUAUACUCUGCACAUGGGGACCAAAUCCUCUUAUUUGUUCAAAUUAAAGCCUAUUUUGAUUUGCCUUUAUGAUACCAUUUCUAGGAAGUUACAUUUACUUGAACGCCGCCAAUCAGCUAAGCGGCCAUCGAGGCGAGCUGAUAAGCAAACAGUUUCCUGGUGACACGCCGAAAUGCCUUCAAUUCUGGUUUCAUAUGUAUGGUAAUGGAAUGGGAUCAUUCCGUGUUUUUAUUACAAGAGGAAAAAAAGGUAGACGAUGGGAGCUUUUUAGAAAAGUAGGCAACAGAGGAAAUAACUGGCAAUACAAAGGGGUUAAUGUGAAGAAACACAAGCGCAACAAGCCUUUCAAGGUAAGAACGUUUCCAGAUUCGGGCGGGUUUAACUCUGCAUUUUUGAGAGAAGGAGUUUUGCUGAAGCUAACACAUACCGUAGCCCAUACCAUUACCAUUUUUUGCCUGUAUUUGCAACCUUAGAACUUAGAACUUAGAACAUAGAAUAAAUAGUCCCAAAAAAGAUAGAGAUCAGCGGUUACAGCCUGUGCAGAUGUGAAGGCACCUUAAGUGAUCUAAUGGCAGGCAAAGCAGACUGCCUAAAACAGCUUAAUGUAGAAGAUGACGUGACUCCAUAAGGAAGCAGACUCCAGACUCUAAUAACCCUUGGGAAAAAUGAAUAAUUGAAAGCUGAGACGUUCGCCUUGGCAAUAGGUAAGUUGGUGAAAUCUAGUAGUCUUGAUUUUGUUGGUAGAUUUAACAUACAUGGACUAGGGGUUUGACAGUUUACUAAAUUAUUAUGAAACUUAUAAAUAAGCACUGAUUGGUUGAACAAACGCCCGUGUUCGAGAGUAUCCCAGCCUAAGGGCUUAACAAGGCUAGAAGUACUUGUUGCAAUGUCAUAGUCGUUGCAUAAAAAGCAAACCGCUUUCUUCUGAAUUUGCUCAAGACGCUUUAUGUCAGUGUCAGUGUAAGGAUUCCACGAAGAGGAUGCAUAUUCAAGCGUAGGUCUAACCAGUGUCAUAUAAGCUGUCUCGUUACCCUCUGCGCUGCAUGGUUUCAUUGAUCUUCUAAUAAGACCAUGGGACUUAUUUGCAUUGGCAGCUAUCUUAGAAGGCUAUAGACUAAAUCCCACUAUCCUAUUGGCCUUAAUUCGCAAAUUUAGAAACUAGAAGGAAACUCUGCAGAGUUAACUUUCACAAAGAAUUGUGGGACUGUUACCAGACACAUGAAAAAAAAAUAUUGACCAAUAACUGACCGGCGUCCCAAGCAACUAUCCCAGAAACAAUUGCGCGACACAUUUAGGCUCAGUCCAACAGAGUACUAAAGUGUGACGUCAUACAAAUGAAAUUUCUGAAAACAUGGGAUUUGUCAGGAUAUUGUGAAAGAACAAUGUCCAAGAGGCCUACUUGCCAAAAAUGAGCAUUUCGGGGCAAAUUGUCUCUGAGAUCGUAGCCCGGUUAUGCUUAGAAAACUCCAUACAAACCCUUCUAAAUUUUUUUGGGUCGACACCCAGAAAAUUAGAAGGGUUUGUAUGGAGUUUUCAAGGAAAUCGGCUCGUAACAGAUAUACCUUGAUUGAGAAAACAGCCGACAUUUCGCGACGCCACCACUGGUUUCCCUGCUAAAUGACGUCUAAGAAACGAGCACAGAAAUUCCAUACUGAUGACGCGUCAUUCAGUACCCAGACCAGGGUAGUGCGUCUGAUUGGCUGAAGCAAAUUUCUCCCGCGACACGACCAAUCAGAAGCACUACCUAGAUCUGGGUAGUGAUGCCUCAUCAGUAUGGAAUUUCUGCGUUCGUUUCUCAGACGUCAUUUCGCAGGAAAACCAGUGGUAGCGACGCGAAAUGUGGGCUAUUUUCUCUGGCUUCUAUUAUUAUCGCUCUUUUAGAAUAUACUUUCCAUUUGCUUAUAUUCUGUUGCAGCUCAUAUUUGAGGGUACUCGUGGAGUUAAUGCGCAGGGCGACAUUGCAUUGGAUGAUGUAAAACUUGUUGAGGGACCAUGCUGAAGCGUUCGUCAAAGCAACGCGGUGACAAAACAGCGUGUCUGAAAUAACCAUUGUCUUUAUGUAACGAAGAAAAGCUAUAAUAAAUAAAAACCAGUAGCCGAUUACAGGCUCCUGACAAAGCUUGAAU